GUAACAUUUUAGUUUGUUUUAGGUAUGAUAUCCUGUAUGAGAUGUUUAGAAGUACAGUCCAGCUUUAUUGUGGCAGAAUCUGAUAUCUUCACAGAAAGUGAUGCUUUUAGUUCUAGUACAGAAAAUGAAUCGGAACAUUUAUAUGAUGGUUGUAUGGACUGUCGUUAUCGUCAACAGGUGGCGCUGCUGGACAGUCUUCCAGAAGCUGUAGUGAAAGCAAUUAAAGAUGCCUGUGACCAGGUUAACAAAGGCAUUAUGAACUGGUUGUUUUGUCAUCGACCAGUCAAACUUCUGUCACUUCUGUCUCUUCCAUAUGUACUGCCUAUUGACAUUACGAUUGUCAUAUUUUGCAAAUUAUGGCAACUAAUGCCAGCUUUGCAGAAAGAACUACAGAUAAAUCUGACAAAGGUUUUGAACCUUCUAAAAUCCAUUAUAAACAGACUGAACAAGAAAAGUCGCAUGCACAGUGCUAAAUUUUCAUGUCAGCUUGCUGUCACUGAGUACGACUAUACUAGAGAUAAAGAUACACAUGAGUAUGGUGUAACCCCGAAGAGGCCUACUGAAUUCAGUCGUGCUAAAAGAAAGUCAUUUGCAGGACAGGAGGGUGACCCUUCACCUCUAAAGAUCCAGAGAAGGCAGUCCAUUGCAACAGACAUGUACAUCCCAGAAAGAGUAAUCAGCACUAUGAACUUGGGCUUUACAGUAAAUCUGGGAAACACCGUUAAGACAUCCAAUAAUAAACGGCGAAACGUUAUGGAUGCCUUUAAGUCUUUCGGUAGUGAUCACAGUGAGUUAAAUGCUAUUGAUAUUACAAAUAAAGCCUUAAACUGGGACCUGACUAAAUACCAAGGCAGUAUUGAUCCACAGUAUGCUGAUGAUUUUGAACACAUUUUAGAAACGACUUCGAAACAUGAAGCUCUGAUGGCUUUCUAUUACAUGGAUGAGAAAAUGCGAGUAAAAGUGACAGAAAUUUUUAACAUUUCUGAUCCAGAGCAUAAUCCAAGAGAACCAAAAAAUAAAGAAGUAAAUCCUGAAAUAUAAGGUAUAUGAAUGUGAAAACCAUUUGUUAAAUGCAGUACUUAUUUAGAUAUUUUAUUGCUAAGCUUGAAUUCUUUAUGAAAUAUUAUCUAGUGACAUUUCCUAAUUGUAAAUACUGAAAUCCUUGUGCUUCAGUAAAAUAUAUAUAUAUAUUUAUAUUAUGUAUGGCAUAUUUAAAUAGCCACUUAAUAUAUUGCCCCCCAGUGGCACAGCAGUAUGUCUGCGGACUUACAACGCUAGAAUCCGGGUUUCGAUACCUGUAGUGGGCAGAGCACAGAUAGCCCAUUGUGUAGCUUUGUGCUUAAUUACAAAGAAACUUAAUAUAUUAUUAUUCUAAAUACUGGAAAAGGUUUUCAAAUUAUAUCAAUUAUGUUUUCAAAUUAUGUCUAUAUUCUUCCAUGUAAUAUGAUAUAUCAAUAAGAUUUGUUUUAUCCUAUUCCUUAAAUUCCAUAACAAAAUUUUGUGUU